ACGUUUCCUUGCGCGAGUUCCAUCUGAAUUUUUUGUACUUGAUUGCCCCAUCUGCCCCUCCUUAUCUUAUCAGGGCCUGUCUUCCUUAUCUCUCAGUCUCUCUUCUUAUCUACCUUGGGUACCCAAACCUUAGGUACAAGAGGUUGGGGCCACUUGGAGACUUAAACCGCUUAAAUCAUGGGGACGGCGUGUACUUCAUAUCCGUGUGACCAGUCUCCCAGAACAUUUGAUGUCGACGAGUAUUAUAGAUUACAUCAACUUAUACCCUACAGGAUGCGCCAAAGAAUUACCUUCUUCCAUAAAAACGAGAACGGAGUAGAACCUGCCGCUCUAAGGCUCUUGGGUCGCUAUAUUUCGGGGCCCGACAUCACCGCUGAACGGGAGGACCGGAUUACACUAGCUCUAGAGGAGCUUCCGGUAGAGCUUCAACACCUACUUCGAGAAUCCCGCGAGCUAUUUAUUCGAUGGCAAAAACCCGUCCCCUACAAAGCGGUAGGUCCUUGGACCUCGAGAUUGCCUCCCGGUUUACAUGUCUUUUAUACGCCCGGUAAUAGCGAGAGACCUGAUGGCGGUCGCCUGUGCCGCUUGUUUCGGACGGCCUUUGGACCAUUAGAUUGCUCAUCCACAUCCGGAUCGUUUACGAAAUUACCAAAUGACCGAUUCACUCAUUCAACAGCAUAUCAAUAUUACCAAAUCCUAAACGACCUGUCGCAUUUCACGGCAUACCUCGAACAAUAUGCUUGUAGUUCCGGUAACUCCGAAUGCAAGUCACGAGUUCAACGGCUUCUUGACGCCAACUCGGUCGAUUUCUCCUACGAUGCGCUUUCUCACGUUGUGAAACUCACAGCUGUGUGGCCUCAUGAACGGCAGCCGUUAUUUAUCAACUCCCAGCACGAUCACAGAGCCGAGGUCGGGAUAAUGACACCGGACUCACCUCCGCAUCUAGAGUCACAUGAGCUUGGUAUCACGGGACUGCUGGCAGUCUUGGGUGAAGAUUCCAGGCCUACACCAACUCUUUUCUCAUUCCCUUCGCGCCACAAGAAUGCCGACGAUGCGAGUUUCGAGGCCACUUUUCUCCGUCCGAUGGGCUUACACCCGACUAUGCAAUUACGUCUCAGCUCAAGUAAGCCGCCGAUGGACGAUGCGUACUGUUCGCUGCACACGUACCUUACUCUUCCUCGAACCGUCUUCAUCGACAAGUAUCAACUUGGGGAUGAGCUAUUCAUGUCGUCUAAGAACUUGUCGGCGUUGCGUUACAUCAGCCAACCAGUGGACCUUGAAGCUCCAGACUACGCCAUGAGGCUUUGGGGUUCCAGUGCCCUCCUAGAACUGCAGCCGCCGAGAAGCGGGAAUGACCAACCGUGGACAGCCGAGAUUCCACUUCAUCUUAGGUAUUUGGCACCAGCGGAUCAUGGCUAUAGAAACGUUAGUAUUCCUUGGCCCGUGGUUUUCUGGGCUUGCGCGUCCGAAGAGGGCACCAAGUUCUCCAACAGUCCAUUCGACAGGACAAAUCUAGGAUACGACGGGCUAUUUGGCCCUCGUACGCUAUUCUGGCAUGUCGAACCGAAGCCAAGUGCAGGCGAGAACCUCUAUCACGAAAUUAGGGUUCCCGUUCUUGAUCUUGGACAGUCAAAUCGGAUCAGCUCCGGAACAGUAACCGUGGUUCUCAUGGGACUUGUUUUCGUUAUAUGGAAACUCGUAUCAGUCUGCCUAGGGAUAAACCAAGACAAAUACAAACCGGAGAAAGUAAGGAGGAAGAGGAAGAGUCUAUGAUAAUGAUUUCAAAAUUGAAGCAUCAGCAAUUGUGCAUUCUAAACUUUUACUGGGUCGGGGUGGGAAUUAACGACGGCGUUGAGGUCAUGUGAUUACGUAUUAUUAUUUGCAUUAUUUUCAAUAUUGUUACUAUAACGGGGCCACGGCAAGGGCACAGAACCAGGGCGUUAGGGAUGAUCGUAUGAUACAUAUAUACCUUAGAUAGUGAACAUAACUUAUACUAACUACAUUAUCUUACUCAUACAUACUUGAAUAUAUCGACAAGUUCACUCAAGAGUCAGUUUAAUAAUAGCGUGAUGUUUUCAUAUGUUGUAGCGGGCAUUGCUAUUUUAUUAUUUACGUACAACCCAAUUCUUCAAUACUUUUCUCCCGAGCCAUCUCGUCUUACACGGACCGCUCGGCCUCGUAUAAAUGAAUCCCUCCUUGCCAUCGAUGCAGCAAACCAAACUGCACCGGACUGCCCUCCGGAUUCAUAUUCAAUUCAUAUUCUUUCAAAAGCGCCAAUCGUAAUUUAUAUUGAGAAUUUCCUCUCAAACGAUGAACGGUCCCAUUUGCUAGAGAUCAG